GGGAUCAUUCACGGCUUUUCACGGCAGGCGGCGCUGCGGUUCCAUAAGUGGUUACUAAGUAAACAACAUGGCUUCCGGUGGAGGCGGUGAUUACAUAACCUGGUCUGUACCAGCCUUGAAGAAGGAAUUGUCGUUACGUGGGGCUGUUACAAGAGGGAGAAAGACAGAUCUGAUAGAAAGAUUGAAUGCAUAUGAUAGAAACAAAAACUUUCAAGAGGAACCAGUUAUCUUACCAGAACCAUUAGAUGUUGGAUGGCCUGUUUCUGGGUUUAGGCAGUUACUUGCUGAGCAUAAGAUGGUGCUGCCAAAAAUAACAAAGGAGCAGAUUGAUGCUUACUUUGUAUAUAGAUUGGCAGACUUUUGCCCCAAUUACAGAACAGAUUUCUACGAGGACAAAGCAGAUGAGAGUCAGCCACUGUAUAUGUCCCUCAUCGUUAAUCAUGUGACAUCAGGCCUUGUAUGA